ACUCCAACACAACCAUCGACUUCAGUAAUAGAACCUCAACCAUCCACUUCUGCCGACACCCAACAACUAUCCACUUCAGCCCAGUAGAACAACACUGUCCAUAUCCUUUCUCUUCACAAUCAUCCACAGACACCAUUACUCACAAUUUAAGGUUUGUGUCAUCGUACAAGAAGACAAUAGCUGAAAAGCUGGGACUGCCAGAACCUCCUAAAAAACCAAUAUCAAACUAUUUUCAUUUUCUUGAACAUCACCGAGAAGAUGUGCUGAAAGAGUUUCCUGAUUUACGACAAAAAGGUAUAUAAAUUAUGUGAAAAUGAUGAACCCAAAAGAUCUUAAUAAAAUGAAGAAAUUGGAAAAGAAACUUAAAAACAAGAAGCAACAGAAAUACAUUCGGCGAAGAAAGAACAUUGAAGGGGAAAAACUUGGAAAGCCUAAAUUGCCUAAUAGUCCUUUUAUGAUGUUUCUAGAAUUGCUGAAAAUACCAGAACUGAGUAGAAAGGAAUUUUCAUUAGAAGCUGGCCGCAGAUGGCAGAGUUUGCCUGAAGAUGAGAAAAAGGUGUUCCUCGAGAAGGCUAGAAAAGAACGAGACCAGUAUGAACGUGAACUCACAGAAUGGGAGGCCAAAAUGGCCAAAGAAGGAAGAUACGAUCUUCUUCGAUCCAAGCAGAAGAUAAUGUACAAACUUUUUCUUCCUCGACACCAAGACCAACAAACUUAAGAGAGCGUAUCAGUAACCAAGAAACAAUAUUAGAGUUAUGUAGACUGAAAGAGUUAAGAAGGUCUGGCUGGACAGGUGACCAUUUGGCAGUAACUUUGCCCUUGAUCGGAGAAUAUUGCAGUCAUGACCACCGAUCUCUUUUGAAGAAAGAGAUAGAACAUAUGAAAAAUAUGUACAGCCUCUCCUCACUUAAUGAUGGAGUUUUGUUCCUAAGACCAUGUUGGUAAACAAAUUCGUCGCUAAGUUAGGAACAUACUAUAAUGGUAGUGGGUUUGUGCCAACCAUCUUUGAUAUUGUUUUAAUAUCACCUUUGCACCAUUGAUAACAUUUCUGAUAUAUUUUUAAAUGUUUAUACAGUAGUGCACUAUGUAUUCUAAUAAACAGAAUAAAGGAAAUCAGCUCUUAUAUACAUUAUUUAAGUAUGCACACAGGUCAGAGAGCCUGUCGUAAGCAAGGAUGUCGCUAAGUGAGGAGAGGCUGUACUUAUGUUCUUGUAUCCAUUAGCAAAGAAACAGUGGCAAGUGUGACAAGGACAACAGAGCAAAGAAAGUAGGAGAAUAAAAUUUUUGGAAAAAAUUAGUGUGAUAAUGAGGAUAAUGCUGAAGUCAUUCUCAUGGGCCUAAAGUCAAGAGGAUGAGAAAUAAAAACAUCAGAACUUACAUGAUGUGACAGUUAUCAACUUAAGUGUUAAGAAUCGCUUGACUGGACUUGCAACAGAUUAAAAUGUGCUGAUAUUUAGGUAUCACCCAUCUAUAACACUGGAUAACAAGUUUACUACUGAGAUAAAAGUGUGGCCUUUUGAUUGAUUCAAAUCUGCAGAGUUUGACUCUGAAAACUGAAUUAAAGUAACUAAGGAUCUUUGUUACUAAAAUUGGAAUAAAUUUUUUUAUGUUAUUUUGAACAUUCUUGAUUACCUGGCAACAGCUGAACAGGAUGUGCAUAUGUUUAUUGUACAGUGUGUUAUAUGUUUUAAUAAAAAAUACAUAUUUUUUUCAAAAUUCCCUCA